CCCUGAAAAUUUCAAAAAGCCACAAUCUAACAGUGGCUCGCAAGAAAGUUCCAGGAAGGAAGAGUCACUUUCUCAAUGGAAAAAACAAAACCCAAUUCGUCCAACCAUAAAUACUUGCGCAGAGUUAGGACUCUUUCUCACAUUAGCUCACGAAGAAGGAUGCACAUAAUUGAGGAAGUGGAUUUCUGAGCUUGCAUGAGAUUGUUGUCCGCCUCGCUGGAUGCCACAACCAAUGGCUCAGAAUUUUCUCUCUUUCGAUCUAUGCGUGAUUUCCUUUUGGGGCCAACAUGUGACGUGCGUCUCUCCAAACAGAAGUGCUUUCGCAUGCAUUUACAACUGUCUGUCCCUGGCGGAGUUUUGGCUGGGCUUUUUUUCUUGGAUCUACGUUUUCCCAGCAUUCCAUUCCUGAAUUUUCAUCCCUUUUGAUUAUCCUGUUCUAGUGAACUCUCAGCAUUUCCGUGACUGACAGAGAACGUGGCGGUUACUUCCCUUUAUCUCUCUCUCUCUCUCUCUCUCUCUCUCAGCUAAUUAAGCGCACCUGAAGUUCGGAUUUUGGAGUGGAACGACCAGGAGAUCAAGUAGCAUUUUUGACUCAAAGCAGAUAAUAUAUGAUUCUGAGAAGGUGAUAAUGGUGAAAAAAAUGGUGACCAAGACCGUGGAUCUUCGUUCCGACACUGUCACCAAGCCGACUGAGGCAAUGCGGGCAGCAAUGGCUGAUGCCGAAGUUGAUGACGACGUCUUGUGUUGUGACCCAACAGCACAACGCUUAGAAACAGAGGUGGCGAAGAUCACGGGCAAAGAAGCAGGCCUCUUUGUUCCUUCAGGCACUAUGGGAAAUCUCAUCAGCGUUCUUGUUCACUGUGAGGUCCGAGGAAGCGAAGUCAUUCUCGGAGACAACUGCCACAUACAUAUUUACGAGAAUGGAGGGAUUUCCUCAAUUGGAGGUGUUCAUCCAAGGACGGUGAAGAAUAACGAGGAUGGAACGAUGGAUAUUGAUUUGAUUGAAGCUGCCAUAAGGGAUCCAAAAGGGGCGCUUGUGUAUCCAACUACUAGGCUUAUUUGCUUGGAGAACUCACAUGCAAAUACUGGUGGUAAAUGUUUGUCAGUUGAGUAUACUGAUAAAGUCGGAGAAUUGGCAAAGAAGCAUGGUCUAAAGCUUCAUAUAGAUGGGGCUCGCAUCUUUAAUGCCGCAGUUGCACUUGGAGUUCCAGUAGAUAGGCUGGUACAAGCUGCUGACUCAGUUUCGGUUUGUAUAUCAAAAGGUCUGGGCGCCCCUGUUGGUUCUGUUAUUGUCGGUUCCGAGAGCUUCAUCACAAAGGCUAGAAGACUGAGGAAAACCUUAGGUGGUGGGAUGAGGCAGGUGGGCAUCUUAUGUGCUGCUGCACUUGUUGCGCUACGUGAAAAUGUUGGAAAGCUUGAAAGUGAUCACAAGAAAGCGAAGAUUUUGGCAGAGGGACUAAACAAGAUUAGAGGGUUAGCAUUGAAUGUUGCUUCUGUGGAGACUAAUAUUAUAUACUUUGAUAUCAACGAAGGCUCGAACAUGACAGUGCAGAAACUGUGCAAGAACCUGGAAGAACAUGGAAUACUAGUCAUGCCGGAGACCUCAACCAGAGUUAGACUGGUUGUUCACCAUCAGAUCUCAGAAAACGAUGUUCAUUACGCGCUGUCAUGCUUUCAGCGCAUAAUGAUGGGAACCCCAAGCGAGAACGGGAUCUAAUAAAAGAAGCUGUUUCCGUUACUGCCCCCAUCCAGUUUGUGUAGAGGCAGCUAAAUAAAAGCUCCUCACAUUUUAGUGGUCACUUCUAUCAAUCUCUGAAAGCUGCUGUACUUAGCUAAAUGUAAUUGGACUUCCCAAUCUGUGCUCUUCUGUCCAUUGUUCUCUGUUUCAAUCGGCUUGUCAAGUUAUUAUCUGCCAAAUAUAUAAUGCUUAGGCUUGGAUUUGUCUCAUCCUCAGUCCAUGAUGCAAAAUGAGCUUGAUAUCA